AUAAAGGCCGGCCGAAGGGGGCUCACCUACCCUGUUCUCUGCUUCCUUCUCUCCUCACCCCUCUCUGUGCUUGCAGCCUUCAUGGCCCCCAAAAAGCCAGAGCCCAAGAAGGAAGAGGCAAAGGCAGCAGCCCCCAAGCCGGCUCCAGCUCCUGCUGCCCCUGAGCCUGAGCGCCCCAAGGAGCCAGAGUUUGAUCCCUCCAAGGUCAAGAUCGAGUUUACUCCGGAUCAGAUUGCAGAGUUCAAGGAAGCCUUCAUGCUGUACGACCGCACGCCCAAGUGUGAGAUGAAGAUCACGUACGGGCAGUGUGGGGACGUCCUGCGGGCGCUGGGCCAGAACCCCACGCAGGCCGAGGUGCUCCGCGUCCUGGGGAAGCCAAAGCAGGAAGAGCUCAACACCAAGAUGAUGGACUUCGACACGUUCCUGCCCAUGCUCCAGCACAUUGCCAAGAACAAGGACACGGGCACCUACGAGGACUUUGUGGAGGGCCUGCGGGUCUUUGACAAGGAGGGCAACGGCACGGUCAUGGGUGCCGAGCUGCGCCACGUGCUGGCCACGCUGGGUGAGAGGCUGACGGAAGAUGAGGUGGAGAAACUGAUGGCCGGCCAAGAAGACUCCAACGGCUGCAUCAACUACGAAGCGUUCGUGAAGCACAUCAUGGCCAGCUGAACCGUUUGCCC